AUGACGGCUACCACUACAGAACAGACAACUACUACAACCAUUAGCAAACAUGGGACGGCGAAGAAGUGGCUACAACGGCAUCUGCGCAAAGUGGCAUCGCGACAGACGUUGAAGAACGAUGACGGGCCAAUUGAGAUGCGGCGAAAACCAUCACUCAGACGACCACGCACAGCACCUUCAACAGGAGCGGCACUGAGCCUGCAAGAUGCACCAGCAGUACCCCCGCUCCCGAUACUUGUAGAGCGAGUGUCGCCUCGACCGCCGGUUCUGCCCCCUCUUCGGCCAGCGAGACCAGAUUCCGGCGUGAUACGAGAUGUCAAUGCAUGGCUCGAUGCCAGCAUGAACACGCCUUCACCCCCGCUCAUGGGAGGCAUUUCGUACUGGAGAGCAGCGACAAGUGUAGGUACCAAAGACUCGGCCGUGGCUCAGCACGCUGUUCCCGUGAUUGGAGCGCCCGGAGUCGCCAGACCAUCGACAGCCACCAGUCAACAGGGAAAGUCAUUUCUUCAUUGCGCCAAGAAGAUGCAGGUCCAGAUACCUUCGCUUUUACGCAACAAGUCUCAACGGCAGGCAGGCCGGAAACAGAUCAACAGACAGUCAGCAUCGAUGCCACUCUUAGCUAUUUCCUACGAGGACGUUCAGGAAGCCCCUGGCCCGAUGCUCAUGUCCCGAUCUAGAUCACUUCUUCGUCCCGCCACGCGGCCAUCGACGCAACAUCCCUCGACGCGCGCCAGUGCGCUUCUAUCGAUCGAUCUACAGUCGCAAGGGCAGUUAUCCUCCCGGAUGGGCACACCAGCGAGUGCGCGACCUAGCGACACGGAGAGCGUCUUCGAGCGACGACUCAAUGCCAUAUUCAUGCGCACGGCUCGAAGCGCAGACAGCACCCGGCCAUCGACAGCAGCAGCCGGUCUCAUCCGCGAAGACUCCAUGGGCGAUCUUUCCGAUGCCCCGACGUACUUUUCUGGACCUCCACCACCGUCUUACCGGUCGCGCCCUGAGUCUUUACUCAGCACUUCUUCCUUCGGCUGCAUUGAUGGUAUGAACCCCACACAACGACAGCUCAGUCAGCAGAGAGCGGCAUUACAAAAGGGAACGAGGUGCAGGCUGAAGAGAUUCGCUCAAGGGUUUGCGACGUGA